AUGAAAGCAAAAUUAUCUGUCCUCGCUACGUUCGUUUUGGUACUUCACGAAUCGUAUGGUAUCCUCGGGAGCUUAGUGCCACAAAAAUCAGGAGCUGCUUUACACAAGUGUGGAAGAAUUACUGGAUUCAUAGUGUCUACAGUACCUACAAAUUCGAGAACAAUAACUGUUACGCGUUCAAGCUGGACCUAUAAAAACGUAACAGCAAAAUUUGAGUACAUCGGCAACUAUACUGGUCACGAAAAGUGUCUUUCCAAUUGUGAUCCAUGCCACCCAAGACCUUGCACUUGUAGACCAGAAUGCGAGUGCCUGCCAAUGAAGGGUUAUCCAGCUGUCGGACGAUGUGUAAAAAAGGGAACUCCUUUACCUGACGGAGUCGAGAGGGGAGAGCGCCGAUGUAAGAAGAAGCAGGGCAAGAAAGAAAAUGGAGGACGAAGAAAAAUUAAAGAUAUUGAGUAG